GAAUGCGCGCCGGUGGACAGCCCGGGGAGAAGCUCUUUUUCUCCCCUCCCUGUUCAGAAGUGGUUGAGAGCUGGUGGGUCGUGAGAACUUUGAGAUGGCAGAUCAAGAAUCACAUGAAAGUACCCAGGAUGGGGUUGCUGCCGACACAAUCAAAGCUUCUGGAGUUGGUGAUGGGGCUAAAGCAAGCCCAUCAGUUUCAGUUUCGAAAUUCAUGAUGAGCAACAAGACAGAAUCAAUCAUGUGGCUGCUUCGAAUAUUCACAUUGAUAUCAACUUUCUUUUUUCUGUUUCCCAUCUUUGGAGUUGCUGAAGGUGGCUAUUUCUACCAGAGAGCAUUACUGGCUAAUGCCCUGACUAGUGCCUGCCGGCUGCACCAAAGGCUUCCCAGAUUCCAGUUCAGCAGAGCCUAUAUCACACAGGCACUCCUGGAGGAUAGCUGUCACUACUUGCUGUACUCGCUUAUCUUUAUUACCUCCUAUCCCAUUACAUUAUGCUUGGUACCAGUAGCAGUGUUUUCUCUGCUUCAUGCAACUGCUUACAACAGGAAAAUCUUAGAUAUUAUUGGCCCUAAUUCCAUACCAUGGAUGCGAUCCUUCUUAGACAAAAUGACAAUGCACCAGCAGAUCCUGUUCAAGUUCAUAGCAUGCAAUGAGAUUCUCUUGAUGCCUGCAGGUGUCUUUAUGUUGCUCGGUGGCCGGGCUCAUUUAUUCCUCCCUUUUUUCUAUUAUCGUUUCCUGACCUUAAGGUAUGCGUCUAGGAGAAAUCCUUACUGCAGGACAUUGUUUUAUGAGCUUCGAGUGGCAAUAGAGCAGCUGACAGCCAGACCUUCCUGUCCAACUUUCCUCCGAAAUGCAUGUCACAAAGCUAUAAAGCUCAUCUGUAAGCUGGCUCCAGGGUCAUAGAGUUCGAGAUUCUCCUUAACAUCAGUUGAUUUUCAAAUGGUGACAUUCUUUAUACUUUAGAAUUCCGUGGAAUAUUCCUGUAGUUUCUGUUGUGUAUGUUUUGAUUUUGGUUUGCUUUUAAGGAAUGACGUCUGAAGUUUGUGUAUGUUGACGUUUUACGUUCUUAUUUUCAUAUGAUGAAGUUUGCCUUUUUAAAAGUAUGUUUGCAUUUGAUUAAAAGGCAAUGAGAAUGGAUUUUAUAUGAAUGUGGGUACACAAUUUGUUCUGAGGAUUGUGUGCAUUGUCCAUUCAAGUGCAAAACAGGCAUUGGGUUACUAUGGCACCUAUGCAUCCCUUGAUCAUCCAUUUUCUUGCAUUUUUUUCAAAAGUAAAUGUAACCCAAAUAUGCAAUACCUUUAACAUCUACCCUUCAUGUGGAAGAAAAAUCACCAUUGUUGCAUCACAAGAAUUUAAAAUGAUACUAGGGAGUAGGUUAUUAGUAAAAGAUUGGUUAUUUAAUGCUAGGUUAGUGUAAACCUUGACUAAAAGUUGCAUGUUUGAUAGGUGUAGAUAUUUAAAGAAAUGUAGGGCUAGAUCCUAAAUAAUUACUGUAAAGUACACAUAAAGCUUAUUGCUCAGGCUCUCCUCGUAGUUUGUUGGAACAAAUGACCUCCAUUUUCUCAGCUCACCCUCAGGGAUUGAUAGCUUUUAAGUUUUUGUUUAAUGAGGUUAAUAAAUUAAGGUGAUAACUCUGACACAUUGUAAGAACCUUCCAAAGAAGUUUUACAGGUCAGCUUUGUAUACCAGCGGUCUCUUGAAUAUUUCAUGUAUGUGUCAAUAACAUUACUGUGAAUAGGUAUCUCCCAGAAAUACUAUGAAGGUCAAUUCUGUUUUGUCAGGUUACCAUGGAAGGUGUUACAGUGAUAUGUUUUCUGAUGCAGGGGACCUUAUUUUUCCCAUCACUUUGAAUAAUUUUAAGAUGUUUCUGGGAUGCAGCUGUAUUGGUGAAUUUAAAUAUAUAACUCUCUAGAUAAAGAUUUCUUCUAAUUUGGACAAUGGAAUUAUGUUUGACUGCACAUCUGUGUUUGCACUCAGUAUCUGCAAGCCAAUCAAUAACUAAAGCAAAAGCAAUAAAACUCUGGACACAGGAAACCUGUAAUAAAAUCAUGGUGGAAAUUCUCAGCCGAUCAGGCAGCAUCGCGAAGUAAUGAUGCAGCUUUACAAAACUCUGGUUAGACCACACUUAGAGUACUGUGUCCAGUCCUGGUCGCUUCAUUAUAGAAAGGAUGUGGAGGCGUUGGAAAGGAUGCAGAGGAGAUUCACCAGGAUGCUGCCUGGAUUAGAGAGAAUGGAUUAUGAGGAGAGACUAAAGGAGCUAGGGCUUUACUCAUUGGAGAGAAGGAGGAUGAGGGGAGACAUAGAGUGGACAGCCAGCACCUCUUUCUCUAGGCACCAAUGCUUAA